GGGACUCGCCAGUAGCGGCCAUGCCGUGCCCCCAGGCACACAAGGCGCAUCGCCGAAGUUUUCCUCUCCCGUCGACCUUGCCGGUGCUGCUGCUGGUUCUGCCGGCGCUGCUGCCGGCGGCUGCGGGACAGACGAGGCAGGCGGGCCGCGGCAGCGCCGUCCGCCAGGUGGGCUACAGCGUGCCCACGCCCCUCAUCGAGGCCCUCAGUCCCCGAGGGCUGCGGGCGACCAUCCCAGAUGAGCCGGGCAUCUCCCUGGUCCGCUUCCACAUCGGCGUCAACAAACCACUGUCGGCGCAGCGCCUGGGCACGGUCAACGUGGAGGUGAGCCAGCCCACCGACUCGGGCGCCGCGCCGCUGUGGACCUACGAGGACCGGACCACGGUCCUGGGGGCGGGGGACGUCCUCUACUUCUGGCUGCAAGUCACCCUGGCCGGCCACACGUACGAGCGCGCGGGCACCUACGCCGUGCAAGAUGUGGUCGAGAUGCUCGACGUCGUCAGCGCCCCUGUCUUGAGCGUGCCGCUCGCAGAGUCCGCGCCGCCGUCGGCACAGCGCCCGCAGCAGAGGCCGCCGCCCAGGCCACCGCCGUCCCCCGAGGCCGCCGCAGAGCAACCCUGCACCCGGUCGCUGACCAGCGUCAACGGACGCCUCGUCUGCCAGGGAGAGCUGCUUUUCCUCGAGAACUUCGACGUCACCGAUCUCUCGGCCGGCCCCUGGAGGCACGACGUGCGGAUCGCCGGACAGCCGGACUUUGAGUUCACGACCUUCACGCGAAGCGAGGCAAACACCUACGUCGUCAACGGCCAGCUCGUCAUCCGCCCGACCCUCACGGAUGACGUCUACGGGAAGGACUUCGUCCGCACCGGCAAGCUGCGGCUAGAGAACUGUACGGCGGGCGCGCUGGAGUCGGAGCUGUGCUCGCGCCAGGCGCGCUACGGGUACAUCCUCCCGCCGGUGCUCUCGGGCCGCAUCUCGACGCGCAAGACCUUCAGCUUCCGAUACGGUGUCAUCGAGGUGCGCGCCAAGCUGCCCAGCGGUGACUGGAUCUACCCAGAGCUGUGGCUGCUGCCGCGCGAGGAGGCCUACGGGACGGGCCUCAAGUCGGGGCGCGUCCAGCUGGCCCUGGCGCGCGGCAACCUGGAGCUGCACCACGGCGGCGCGGAGCUCGGCCUGCGGCGCCUGGAGGCGGCCGCCAUCGCAGCGGCACCGGGCCCCGCCGGCCACGAGCAGGGCGAGCAGGAGCAGGAGGCCGAGGAGGAAGAGCGACUCGAGGCGGCGGUGCCCUUCCACGGGCUGGACCAGCCGACGAGGUUCGCCGACGAGGGCCAGGCCCCCGCCAGACCAGCCACUGAGGCGAGAGCGCCGCCGCCCACGACGAGCACCACCACGACCAGCACCACGACCAGCACCACGACCCACAGGACCACCACGACGCACCGGGCCACCACGAGCACGGCGCGGAGCAUCAGCGCCGCCCCGGUGCCCGCCGUGGUCAGCAGGGGCGCCGCCACGCCCGCCAAGCCUGCCGCCGCGCCAACGCGGCCCGCCCCGACCGUGCCCUCGAGGACCAGCGCGAGCACCGCGCGCCCGAGGGCGACCACCGCGCGCCCGACGAGCGCGCCCACCAGGAAGCCCUCCCCGACCACGGCCGCUGCCAGGGGCGUCGCCACGCAGGGGCACAAGCCUCAGGCCGGAAGUAAAGCCACCACGAGCAGCCCAGCGCGUGAAACCGGAACCAGCGCCCCAAAGGGUGGCGGGCCCACGGGCUACCAGCACACGCCGACGCCCCCGACCAGCGCGCCGUACCGGGAUUGGGGCGACGGCGACGCGGCGCAGCAGGGCGGCUGGAGUCCACGGUACGUCCGGUCGCUGGCCGGAUACAGGGGCCCCCUGCGGAAGGAAGUGAGCAGGACGGAGCUGCCCGGGCGGCCGUGGAGCGGCGGCUUUCACAACUACACACUCACAUGGACUCCUGAAGAAAUGAUUUUCUCCGUGGACGGAGUCGAGCUCGGGGUCGUGUUGCUAGAGGAGACGGGAGGGGUCUUCAGGACAUCUGCCGACGAUCCUUGGCAUUAUGGUGGCAAGAUGGCCCCUUUUGACAGAGAAUUCUACAUCAGUCUAGGUUUAGCUGUUGGCGGUAUUCACACUUUCCCUGAAGGUGUAAUAGGGCCAAACCGGAAUAAAAAACCAUGGAAGAACACUGCAGCUAAAGUAGGUGACUCCACGCUUACAAAUGAUUUUCUUACAAACAACCCAUGUGUUAAUGGAAUACAUUGUUACAUUUGCAGGCUAUGCUCAGCUUUUGGAAUGCACAGGCGGAUUGGUACGGAUCGUGGAGCACAGAUUCAGCGUUGCUCGUAGAUUUUGUGCGAGUAACUGCCCUGUAAUCUUACAUAAUAUUAAUUAUAAUAAAAUAGGAACGCCAAUUUAA